GAAUAGGAGGUAACAAAGGAAAGAAUAAUAGUAACACACAAUGGGAAGGUCCCCAUGUUGUGAUGAGAGUGGCCUAAAGAAAGGACCUUGGACUCCUGAAGAAGAUCAAAAGCUAGUUGAACACAUUCAGCAACAUGGCCAUGGAAGUUGGAGAGCACUCCCUAAGCUAGCUGGUCUUAAUAGAUGUGGAAAGAGUUGUAGGCUAAGGUGGACCAAUUAUUUAAGGCCUGAUAUUAAGAGAGGAAAAUUUUCUCAAGAAGAGGAGCAAACAAUUCUUCAUCUUCAUUCAAUCCUUGGAAACAAAUGGUCAGCAAUUGCUACACAUCUACCUGGAAGAACAGAUAAUGAGAUAAAGAAUUUCUGGAACACUCAUCUGAAGAAAAAGUUGAUUCAAAUGGGUUUUGAUCCAAUGACUCACCAACCAAGAACUGAUCUUGUUUCCACCAUACCAUAUCUACUAGCUUUAGCAAACAUGACAGAAAUUAUUGAUCAUCAGAAUCAGUCAUCAUGGGAUGAUCAACAACAUGCUGCAAUGAGUAGUUUACAAGCAGAAGCAGUUCAUCUUGCAAAGCUUCAAUGCCUUCAAUAUUUACUCCAAUCUUCAAAUUCUUCUAUAAACAUUAAUAAUAAUUCCUAUGACCAAAAUGCCAUGAUCACAAACAUGGAACAAGAACAACCUUUAAGUUUAUUAAACACAAUCUCUAAUGUGAAAGAGAACACCAUAAUGGACUGUUCACAACUGGAUAGUACUCAUGCAGCCUCAUUUUCUCAACCACUCCACCACCAAAGUGUGCUACCCCACUUUUUAGACCCACAACAAGUCUCUUUCAGUUCACAAUCAUGUUUGAAUAAUGAACAAAGUCAAGGUGGUACUAUUACCAACUUUGCAACAGUUGAUGAAACAUCAUGGAUUAAUGUUCCAUCUUCUGCUCCAAUAUCUGUUCCUCCAAAUGCUAUAGGGAUUUCAGCAGGAGAUGCAAGCAGCUGCACUUCUAGCUAUGGAGGAGGAGGAGGACCCUCUCCAGUAUCUUAUUGGUCUGAAUUUUUUUUUGAGGACCCCAUUAUGCAUGAUUUAUCUUAAUAUUAAAUUUCUUUGAAGUUGAAUUAUUGUGUGUGACUGUGUGUUAUGCCUCUGUCAGCUUAUUGUUUUUUUCUUCCCAUUUGAUUAAAGCACAUAGGUCUCUUAUUAUAGAGUUAUAUAUAUAUAAUAUAUAGAUGUGAAUGUCCAUUUUAAUAUAUUUAAGUAAUACAUGUUUUGUACAUAACUUUCGGACA